CGACGAUGACCUACGACGACGACGUCGUUCGACGAGACACUUCAACAAUCUGUGAUGAAAUUUGUGUCGGUGUUUUUUUUUUUUUUUUGACAGUUUCAAGUUAAAACUUUUAUAGGGUUAAUUUUAUUUAAUUAUUUAUUUUUUUUUUAAACGAGAAACAAAAUUUUCUUUCUAAAUAGUCUAAUUAAAAACGAAAACACAAAAAAGAAAAAAGGGGGAAAAAAACUGUAAAUAACAGUGAAAAAUGUAUUCGUUCCAGGGACACAAUCAAGCACUCUAUUAUUUAACGCAGUUAACAAAUGGUUUUAGACCAAAAUCGUCUUCUAUUGCAGUUCGUGUUUAUCAGCCAAUUUCAAAUGCUCCUGACGUUUUAUGCCAAGAAAGUUUUCUAGAGGCGAAAAAAAAUUGUACAGAAUUGCCAGGCGAAAUAUUGACAGCAGCGGUUGAAUUGCCAAAUAUUUUAAAAUUACAAGACAGAAAUGAGAGGGAAUUGGAAAUUGGCGAUGUUAAAGUGACAAUUAAGAAGAGAAUUAAAAAGCGAAACAAAUGGAAUGUUUCCUAUAUAUCGGGAUCAAAUUUCAAUGAAAAUAAACAAGGUCUGAGAGAAUAUGAUGAUACGACAACAUUUAUGUCGUUUAAAUCAAAUUGUGGCUUAAUACGCGUUGGACAAACAUCAUUUCUCGAUGUUCAAAUUCGUGGUUUUAAAACACAACGUAAUAUUCAAAAUGAUGAGGGCAAUAAAACAUCAAUUACCGCCAGGCUUUUAAAGUGGAUCACAACUAAUCCUGAUAAUUCGCAAGAUGCAGUUUGGCGACAUAUAAAACGUAAAGAUUUCAAUGAAAGUGCAUGGGAAACGAGAAAGGAUUUAACGCCAGAGGAACGUGUUAAAUUGGCAUUUGCCGAGGGUUUCGUUGAGGGCCAAUCGCGAAAAAAUCCCAAUCGAGUGAAACAAUUAUUCAAAGGAAUACAAUCAUUUGUCGCUGUUGUUGUAUUAGCAUUUUUAGUUCUCUUUCUAUUAGGCGCGUCUAUCCUACGUGUCUCGAAUGGUGGAUUAUUUAGAAUGCAAUUUGGUGAACAUCAGGAAAUUGAUGCCGAAAUGGUUAAUGUCACUUUUUUGGAUGUGAAAGGCAUUGAAGAGGCAAAAUCAGAAUUGGCGAAUGUGAUUGAAUACUUAAAGAAUCCGGCGAAAUUCACGGCACUUGGGGGUAAAUUGCCAAAAGGUGUUUUACUCUCGGGUGUUCCGGGAACGGGAAAAACAUUAAUAGCCAGAGCAGUUGCGGGCGAAGCGGGAGUUCCAUUUUUCCACGUGGCCGGCUCGGAAUUCGACGAAAUUCUCGUUGGCCAGGGUGCGAAACGAGUUCGUGAAUUGUUUAAAGCUGCAAAGGAGCGAGCACCGUGUGUGAUUUUCAUUGACGAAAUUGACUCGGUGGGUUCGCAUCGUACAACAUCCGCGCUCCAUCCAUACGCGAAUCAGACGAUUAAUCAACUACUUUCAGAAAUGGAUGGUUUUCAUCAAAACGAAGGUGUAAUUGUAUUGGGAGCGACAAAUCGUCCAAAUCAAUUGGAUUCAGCAUUAUUGAGACCCGGACGUUUUGAUGUUCAAAUACACAUUGACAAACCAAAUUUCAGCGGGCGAAAUGAAAUAUUAAGACUUUAUUUAUCGAAAAUAAUUCACAGCGAGGUGGAUUUAACGACUCUGGUGAAAAGUACAAUAGGAUUUACAGGCGCUGAUAUUUCAAAUUUGGUAAAUCAAGCGGCUUUAAGAGCGGCACUGCUCAAUGGUGAUAAAGUGACAAUGGACGAUUUGUUGUACGCGAGGGAUAAAAUAAUAAUGGGCCUUGAGCAUCGAAAGGAAAUUGAUAAGGAGAUGAAUAAGAUGGUCGCUUGUCACGAGAGUGGACACGCAAUUGUUGCCUAUUAUAAUAAAAAUGCAAAUAAUUUGCAUAAAGUGACAAUCGUACCACGAGCUGGCACUUUAGGACACACUUCCUAUUUGCCGAGGAGGGAAAUUAAUAGUUACACAAAGCGCGAAUUAUUGGCUGAUUUGGAUUGCAUGAUGGGUGGACGCGUCGCUGAGGAAUUAGUUUUUGGCUUGGAUAAAGUGACGGUCGGAUGCUCCGGUGACUUAAUGAAUGCGAAUAAAAUUGCAGAACGCAUGGUAAUGACUUAUGGAAUGUCGUCGAAAUUUGGCUUCCGAGUUAUCGCCAAAGAUAAAUCAAACGAUAUUGUCAACGAGGAAGUGAAAUUAAUUCUCCAGGAAUCGUACGAACGAGCAAAAACAAUUUUAAAAGAACACUCGAAGGAAUUGACAAUGUUGAGUGAGGCACUUUUAAAAUACGAGACAUUGGACUUUGAUGAUGUGAAAAAUCUUCUCGAGGGUAAAAAAAUGAAAGUUCAAAUGGCUUCUAAUUUACCAGCGAAACUCGAACGUAAUCUUAAAGAAGAACCCGUCGAUAUACAAAAAAAUAUUCUUUAACUACUUUAGGUUCGAUUAUUAUUAUUAUUGCUAAUUACUAUUAUUAUUAUUAUUAUAUAAAUUUCAAUUUCUGUACAGUAUAAUUAUUUUCUACCCUAGACUGUAAAAGUUUACUUUUUUUCCCAGAAAAAGAAAAUUUCUCUCUUUUCUUAAUACUCGAGACUUACAAAAAAAAAAAAAAAUAGAAACAACUUUUGCAGUCUAGAUAAAAAAAAAGAAAAAAGCGGAGAAAAAGAAUUAAAAAAUUUUUUUUUCUUUUAUUUUUCUCUUUAAAAAAAAUAACGACGUUCGACGUGUGUGAGUUUUUAUCAUUUUUAAAGUGACUAGAAGGUAAAUAAGAAAAAGAAUUCCCGGAAGAUUGUAAAUCUUAAUAUUAACGUCAAAAAAAAAAAAAAUCUUCCCUUCACUGUUAAUUGAUAUGAGAGACAAAAAAAAGAGAAAGAAAGAGAAUUGAAUAAAAAAAUCGGAAAAAAUA